CCGGCGAAAAUGGGAAAGUGGCAGUCGAUGUUUAAUUUUCACAUAAACCCGUUUACCUUGAUUUGGUCCUUGCCGAUAUAACGGACUGUUGCGAAAACGUCAGGUAGGAGAGGAAUAUAACUGUGCUGUAACAUCGCCAAAGCCUACCAGUAUGAUGCUCCUGGGAGCGUUGCUGAUUUACACGAAAUUCUCCUACAUUUCCUCGUUUUGCGAAGAACGUCAUCAGGAGAAGAUCCUCGCGAUCGCAAAUAACAUUUCUUACGUGAACAAGCAAUUUGCAUAUAACGGACUAAUCGAAGAUUGUGAGUGUGAGAAAAGUACGUGCGUUAGGAAGUGCUGUGACGCCAAUUAUGUGCCCUUUAACGACUCCUGCGUCCCAGCCCUGGAAGGGGCUCGUUUCCAAAUAUACAACCAAAGCAAACCGGUGGAGGGUGACUUGAACGUGCGCAUUAUUAGUGGUUACAUCAAUUGCAAAGGGAAUCCCCAUUACAUGUUACAAGAAAGUGAAGGUCCGGAUGAUGAGUUUUUCAUACAGAAAGAUGGUCUCCUGUGGCAUCCCUCUGAGGGGCUUAUGGUUGCGCUGGAUUCCUAUUGCGUGGAUGAUUUUGAUGGAGACCGCACCGCUUUGAUUUGCUUUCCAGAGAAGAACCCGAACACUGUGAUUAAUAUUACUGGCAUGGUGAUCUCGAUGCCGUUCCUACUAGCCACCUUUCUGAUCUACGCCCUAAUGCCCGAUUUGAACAUGCACAAUAAGUCGCUGAUGUGCUACGUGCUCUCGCUUCUUCUGGCUUACAUCUGGAUUACGCUAAUCAAUUCGGUCGCAUUGGAGGGAUUGGGCUGCACGGCAAUGACAUUGUGCUGCCUCUACUUCUUUACCGCUUCGUUCUUCUGGAUGAACGUGAUGUCGAUCGACAUCUGGCGAACGUUUAGUGGUAAGCGCGAUAUUUCUGGUAACACAAAGGAGCACGCCCGAAAGCUAUUUCUAAUAUACAAUGCCUACGCUUGGGGCGUUCCUUUCGUUUUGGUCUCACUGGUGGUGAUCCUGAACGAGUGUACUAGUAAGGAAAACUGGUACCAUCCGAGCAUAGGACAAGGUCUAUGCUGGUUUUACGAGAGCAUUCCGGAACUGCUGUACUUCUAUGGGCCGAUGGCGUUAAUUAUCGUUUUGAAUCUGGUUCUCUUCGGAGUUACCGCUUUGAAAAUAAGAAAGAUGCAAAAAGACACUCAGAUGUUGAGGAGUGGGCAGUACAAAAAGCAUAGCGAGGAUGAACAAAGGCAAUUCAAGCUUUACAUACGAUUGUUUUUGGCCAUGGGCGUUAAUUGGAUAAUGGAAAUUGUGUCGUGGACCGUCAACUGGAAGGUUGGCUCGAUACCGCGCAGCGUGUGGUACCUCACCGACUUUUGUAACGCGGCCUAUGGGGUAGUUAUCUUUUUCAUCUUUGUCUUUAAGAAAAGGAUAUGGAAGACACUGAGGACGAGGUACCCAUGCGGAAGCAAACAAAGUUGCAAAGAUGAAAGUGACUUGACUGCUACUUUAUAGAGUACUACCUCUCCGCGUGUCCUACGUUAAGAAUUUUAAAAAUGUUUAGAAUCUGCAGUGUUUUUCAAUUAAAACG